GUAACCUCUGCACUUCAACAUGCCGAGUCCCUCGCUCAUAAGGACAGUGUGGCCGAGGCUGAUGGAAGAAAUUAUAUUGAUAACUUAAGGAAG